AAAAGUACCAGAAAAUGUGCGCAUCAAUUCAUCUGUACAAGGCAAUGCUCUAAGUAAAGGAGAUAUAUUAUCAUUUGCUUGUAAUCGUCGUACGGACUUCAUGCAAGGAAGUGCAUCAAUUGAAUGUUUGGGAAACGGACAGUGGAGCGACCCCCCGCCACAGUGUGGAGCUCCUAUAGUUUGUUCAGCACCACCACCUCUUGAAGAUGGAGACACCAAAUCAUAUAUUAGCUCAGAUUCUGUGUUUCAACAUGGUGACAAAGUUGAAUACAUCUGUCAGCAAAUGUAUACUAUGAGCGGGGAACCAUUUAAAACCUGCGACAAUGGAGUAUGGAUAGGAAACAUGAGAUGCCUCACGAACAACUGUGAAAUUGGCGGGCUGCAUCCUCGUCUGUACAUAGCUGGAAUACCAUCGACUGGUGAAGCGAUCGUAGCCGGACACAAGUUGCGUUUUUUCUGCGCAGCUGAUCAUAAACUGGAUGGCCCAGAAGAAAUCGAAUGUUCAGGAACUGGCCAAUGGAGCGCCUCCUUUCCAACCUGCUCUGAGAAAUGCAAACGACCAGAAGUACCAGAAGAUGUGCACAUCACUUCAUCUGUACAAGGCAAUGGUCUAAGUAAAGGAGAUAUACUAUCAUUUGCUUGUAAUCGUCGUACGGACUUCAUGCAAGGAAGUGCAUCAAUUGAAUGUUUGGGAAACGGACAGUGGAGCGACCUCCCGCCACAGUGUAAAGCUCCUAUAGUUUGUUCAGCACCACCACCUCUUAAAUAUGGAGACACCAAAUCAUAUAUUAGCUCAGAUUCUGUGUUUCAACAUGGUGACAAAGUUGAAUACAUCUGUCGGCAAAUGUAUACUAUGAGCGGGGAACCAUUUAAAACCUGCGACAAUGGAGUAUGGAUAGGAGACAUGAGAUGCCUCAAACCCUGCACUCUGAACCAGGAGUUAUUUCUCACACAUGAUAUUUUGUUUAUCCGUGGUAAUCGCAAAGAGCUAUUAGUGCCACAUAAGGAUCACCUUCUAUUUAUAUGUAUGCCAGGAACAACACAUGAUGGCAGAGUACCGAUGCGUGUGCAGUGUAAUGAUGGGGAGGUGACCCUGCCCACUUGCAGGGUCACAGACAUGUAAUCACAAAAAUAUGUAAUUGACUUACUAUUGUAAAGACCUAUGUACUUCACUGCUGCUGUGGUCAUGUUAAUAGAAAUGCUGCAUUUAGUCCUCUUCCUCUGCAUUUUUUAGGAAAACAUAAGAAACAGAUGAAUCUAAAAUCCUUCCAAACAAGAAGAAAAAAAAUAUGUCAUUCUUCACAAGUGAAUUGCAUUUGUUCUUCAACAUGUGUGUUGAGAUAAAACAUGUUGCAAAAUAUUCAUAAAUGAAGCAAUGGCACAAACAGCCUCUCUGUCAGUCUACAUAAUAUUGUAUUCGGAGCAUACUAAAUAAAAUACUGAUAGAAACUUUUAUCCAGCUGUAUGACAGAUUUUGUUGACUGUAUGAAAAGUAAAACCAUUUGACUUGA